UUUGACCUAGAUAACUUUGUAUUUGGCCCUUAUUGCUUAUAAAGACACGAACUUGCCUCACUUUGGCAUACUGAGGCUUGGCGUGUACUGCUGCUUCUAGUGCAACCUUUGUCGUUAAUACCGUUAGUUCAACAGCUUGCAAGAACCACCAUCAUCAUGAAUCGAUUCAUCGUUUUGCUGCUGCUUUGCGCCAUUGCAGUACAACAAAUCAAUGGCCACCCAGACGCAGAUGCUAAACAUGGAGGGAAUUUGGCUUACCGUGCCAAUUAUUGUGGAGCGACUCUUUACGAGAAAGUGCGCGAGACUUGCCAUGCCUUCCGUGGAGCCUCCAACCAAGAGUUUCUGGAUUCAAAGGACGCCAGCACAUUCUUGUUCGGACGUGGUAUUGGAAAGCGAGGUUUGCACCACGAAUGCUGCACUGAAGGAUGCAGCAUCGAGGAGAUUUAUGAAUCCUGCUAAAGCAGACACUGACCUGGCUAACGUCUUGCCAUCGGCGUA